AUGAAGAGAUCAGAGGGCAUCAAGGAUAUUACGUGUGGCAAGCUAGGUCACUUGGCGAGCAUCUGUAAUUCAACAGAAGUAGAAUCAAAUCCUGUUAGGAAAUUUCAAUUGAUAUCACAGUUGAAUGAUGUGUAUAAGAAAACAGUGAGGGGAGCAUCUAAUGCCCUUAAACUCAAACUAAUGCCUAAAAAUAUAGUGUUAAAAAGAUUUAACAGUGAUCCAGUUCGAGCAUUAGGAGGGGUACAGUUUGAAUUAUCAAUCGACGAGGAACAUUUCAAAACAUCUGCUGUAGUAACAAACGUCGAUUUGGAUUGCGGAGAUUACUGUACGAGGCCCAGGCAGUUCAGCAUAGGUAACGUAGUAUAUUCCGUAGCCAGCUCCGUGCUACGAAAUGGGAACGGCUUCAUAAGAGUCUGCAACAUUGGUACCCGUACCGUUGGUUGGAAAAAGGGAACAACGAUCACCCGAGCUGAAAAGUGCAUAUUGGACCCAGAGGAUUUAAUCCCUCGGAUAGCAAGGUGGUGGCUUACGAUCCAGGAAUACGAUAUUCAGAUCGAAUAUAGACCGGGAGAUCGUAUGACGCAUGUUGAUGCUCUCAGUCGCAAUCCGACAAAAGGUUACUCAUAUCCAUCCGACAUUAUACUACCAGGCAGGAUUCCAGUUUGGGAUACCAAGGAAGAAACAUCGUUCGCGUCAGAUGAAAGAAUUGUAGGUGGAGAAGAGGCAAACAUAGAGGACUACCCUCAUCAAAUUGGCUUUCUUUUUCAACAGAACAAUAACACUUAUUUUUGUGGUGGAUUUAUUAUCAGCGAAUAUUACAUAUUGACUGCUGGCCAUUGUUCUCAAAAUGUUGAUCCCACGACGGUUGUCCUUCGAGCUGGAAGCUCGUUUCGUAAUAAUGGAACUAUAAUACCAAUUGAUGAGAUUGUCGCUCAUCCAGAGUACGACAACCCACCUUAUGACAAAGACGUUGGUUUCAUUCGAACCACUGAAGCAAUGCAAUUUAGCGACACGAUGAAGCCCAUACCACUAGUGUCGAGAAAUGAAAAGUGCAGAAGCCAAGUUGCCAUCAGUGGUUGGGGCCGGACAUCACAAGGAGCAUCUUCAAUACCGCUGAGAUUACGAGAUGUGAAAGUACCCGUCGUUGGACAUUCUAGAUGCAAGAGAUCAUAUCCUGAUAUAUUGACCCGUAACAUGAUUUGCGUUGGUAAUUACAUAUUAGGAGGAAAAGGACCAUGUCAAGGUGACUCAGGUGGAGCAGUAGUUUACGACGGUAAAGCUUGUGGUAUUGUGUCCUUUGGAAGAAUAUGUGCUCAACCCUUAUCACCGAGUGUUUGUGCUGAUAUAUCAGCAAAAGACAUUAGAGAUUUUAUAUUUGAUAAUACUGGUGUAUGA